AGUUUGAGAUUUAGGGGGUGACGAAGGUGAUUUGUGACAAAACAUGUGUGCUUCCACAUAAGUUGUGAGACAUUUAGGGAAAAUAAAGAAAAAUUAAGUGCUUUGUUAGUGAGAAGGUGGAUACUUCCGCAACAUGGCUGAAGCGGAAGGUGGAUCUGAGCAGGAUGAUGUUUCAUUCUUACGCACGGAAGACAUGGUCUGUCUUUCGUGCACAGCCACUGGAGAACGAGUAUGUUUAGCUGCUGAAGGCUUUGGCAAUCGACAUUGCUUCCUGGAAAAUAUAGCCGACAAGAAUGUCCCUCCGGACCUAUCGCAAUGCGUCUUUGUUAUUGAGCAGGCUCUCUCAGUCAGAGCUCUUCAGGAACUUGUUACAGCUGCUGGAUCUGAAACCGAGAAAGAUUCCUUAGGCAAGGGAACAGGAUCUGGCCACAGGACACUUCUCUAUGGCAAUGCCAUUCUUCUUCGCCAUCAGAACAGUGACAUGUAUUUAGCCUGUCUCUCAACAUCGUCCUCCAAUGACAAAUUGUCCUUCGACGUGGGUCUCCAGGAACACAGUCAAGGAGAGGCGUGCUGGUGGACUGUUCAUCCGGCCAGCAAACAACGAUCUGAGGGUGAAAAGGUGCGUGUCGGUGAUGAUUUGAUUCUGGUGUCCGUGGCCACAGAAAGAUAUCUGCACACCACCAAAGAAAAUGACCAGUCCAUCGUGAAUGCCAGUUUCCACGUGACCCAUUGGUCUGUGCAACCUUAUGGUACAGGAAUCUCACGUAUGAAGUAUGUGGGUUAUGUCUUUGGAGGAGAUGUUCUGCGGUUCUUCCAUGGUGGUGAUGAAUGCCUCACAAUACCGAGCUCCUGGGCCAAUGAACCUGGUCAAAACAUAGUGAUCUACGAAGGUGGUUCUGUAAUGUCGCAAGCCAGAUCUCUCUGGCGAUUGGAAUUAGCGCGAACAAAAUGGUCUGGUGGCUUUAUAAAUUGGUAUCAUCCUAUGAGGAUUCGUCAUUUGACAACCGGACGAUAUUUGGCUGUAAACGAAAACAACGAACUAUGCUUGCUUGGAAGGGAUGAUGCGAACAUUUCCUGCUCAACUUUUUGUCUGCGUCAAGAGAAGGAUGAUCAGAAGAUUGUUCUUGAAGACAAAGAUUUGGAAAUUAUUGGUUCGCCAAUCAUAAAAUACGGUGAUUCAACUGUAAUUCUUCAGCAUUCAGAGUCAGGACUUUGGCUGAGUUACAAGAGUUAUGAAACUAAGAAAAAAGGCGUGGGAAAAGUCGAAGAGAAACAGGCUGUUCUUCACGAAGAAGGAAAGAUGGACGAUGGACUGGACUUUUCGCGUUCACAGGAAGAAGAAUCAAAGACAGCUCGGGUGAUCAGGAAAUGUAGCAGUCUCUUCACAAAAUUUAUUCAUGGCUUGGAGCGAUUGCAAGAAAAUCGAAGACAUUCGAUCUUCUUUCAAACGGUCAACCUGUCUGAGAUGGUGAUGUGUCUUGAGGAUUUAAUUAACUAUUUCGCACAACCUGACGAUGAUAUGGAACACGAAGAGAAGCAAAAUCGCUUCCGUGCUUUGAGGAAUCGUCAGGAUCUCUUCCAAGAAGAAGGAGUCCUUAACUUGAUCCUCGAGGCUAUUGACAAAAUCAAUGUUAUCACAUCACAAGGAUUCUUGGCUAGUUUCCUAGCUAGUGAUGAAAGUGGUCAGAGCUGGGAACUCAUUUCUGGGUAUCUCUAUCAAUUACUAGCAGCUAUAAUCAAGGGCAAUCACACGAAUUGUGCUCAGUUCGCUAACACCAACCGUCUGAACUGGUUGUUCUCCAGACUUGGUUCGCAAGCCUCUAGCGAAGGGUCUGGAAUGCUUGAUGUACUUCACUGUGUGUUGAUUGACUCUCCAGAAGCUUUGAACAUGAUGAGGGAUGAACACAUCAAAGUAAUUAUCUCUCUACUGGAGAAGCACGGCCGAGAUCCCAAAGUUCUGGAUGUUCUGUGUUCCCUCUGCGUGGGUAACGGCGUUGCUGUCAGAUCAUCGCAGAACAACAUUUGCGAUUUCCUCCUACCGGGAAAGAACCUUUUGCUGCAGACUCAGCUCGUAGAUCACGUUGCUAGCAUCAGACCAAAUAUCUUCGUUGGACGUGUUGAAGGAUCAGCAAUGUAUCAGAAGUGGUACUUCGAAAUCACAAUGGAUCACAUCGAACAGACAACCCACAUGAUGCCGCACUUGCGAAUCGGCUGGGCCAAUACGUCCGGGUACGUCCCGUAUCCAGGCGGUGGAGAAAAAUGGGGUGGAAAUGGCGUUGGUGAUGAUCUGUAUUCCUUUGGCUUCGACGGUGCACACCUUUGGACCGGAGGACGCAACAUCUCCGUUGUUUCCGCAGACGUACAGGAGCCCUACAUCCGAAAGGGUGAUGUGAUCGGAUGCGCCUUGGAUCUAACUGUGCCGAUUAUAACAUUUACAUUCAAUGGGGCCAAAGUACGUGGAAGUUUUAGGGAUUUUAAUCUCGACGGUAUGUUCUUUCCUGUUCUGAGUUGUUCCUCCAAGUUGAGUUGCCGUUUUCUACUGGGUGGUGACCAUGGGCGCCUGAAAUAUGCCCCACCACUUGGAUUUUCGCCUCUUGUUCAGUGCCUUAUGCCCCAUCAAGUUCUAAGUCUCGAUCCCUGUUUCUACUUCGGUAAUUUGUACAAGAAUGUCCUGGCGGGACCUUGGCUCGUGGAAGACGAUACCCCAUUUGUUCCACAGCCUGUUGAUACAGUCAAUGUCAGUUUGCCAUCCUUCGUGGACACAAUCAAAGACAAACUGGCUGAGAACAUUCAUGAAAUGUGGGCUCUCAAUAAAAUCGAAGCUGGAUGGUGUUGGGGUGAAUACCGAGAUGACCUGCACAAAAUUCACCCAUGCCUCACACAGUUUGAGCGUCUUCCAGCUGCUGAAAAACGCUACGACUGCCAACUUGCAGUACAAACCCUUAAGACAAUCAUAGCUCUAGGCUACUACAUUACUCUGGACAAGCCACCAGCCCGAAUUCGACCAAUUCGCUUACCAAAUGAACCCUUUAUGCAAGCCAAUGGUUACAAACCAGCCCCAUUGGAUCUCAGUGCUGUAACUCUAACGCCGAAGCUGGAAGAGCUCGUGGAUCAACUUGCUGAGAAUACUCACAAUUUGUGGGCAAAGGAAAGAAUCCAGCAAGGAUGGACUUAUGGUCUCAAUGAAGAUUCGGAAAAUCAUCGUAGUCCACAUUUAGUGCCCUACGUCAAGGUAGAUGAAGCUAUCAAGAAGGCUAACAGGGACACAGCUUCAGAAACCGUAAGGACGCUUCUGGUCUAUGGGUACAAUCUGGAUCCGCCUACGGGCGAGGGCAAUGAGGCUCUUCUGGCCGAAGCACAACGACAGAAAUUUGCUGCAUUUCGAACGUAUCGAGUUGAAAAGAACUACGCCGUUACAUCAGGAAAGUGGUACUUUGAAUUUGAAGUACUUACAGCUGGACCCAUGCGGGUUGGUUGGGCCAGAGCUGAUUGUAAUCCAGGAACAAUGCUUGGGAAUGACGAUAGCACUUGGGCAUUUGAUGGAUACAAUGAAGAAAAAGUAUCCGGGGGCUCAACUGAGUCCUUUGGCAAACAAUGGGUUCCUGGUGAUGUCGUUGGUGUCUUCCUUGAUUUGGUGGAUCACACCAUCAGUUUCUCUCUGAAUGGUGAAUUGUUGAUGGAUGCAUUGGGUGGCGAGACCACAUUUGCUGAUGUAACUGCCGAUGGUGUUGGCUUUGUUCCAGCCUGUACUCUUGGGGUGGGACAGAAAGCUCGUUUGAUUUAUGGUCAGAAUGUUGAUUCCUUAAAGUGGUUCACCACAUGUGGUCUGCAGGAAGGUUACGAGCCAUUCUGUGUAAAUAUGAGACGUCCUGUAACGCAUUGGUAUACCAAGGAUCAACCAAUUUUUGAGAAUACUGAAGAUUUUAUCGAUUGUCGCAUUGAUGUAACGAGAAUUCCAGGAGGUGCUGAUACACCACCAUGCUUGAAAAUCUCCCAUAACACUUUCGAAACGAUGGAAAAGGCCAAUUGGGAAUUCCUGAGGCUGUCACUGCCAGUUAUUUGUCAAAGUGCAUUUAUUACUGAAACUGAAAAAAUGCAUCGCUGGGAAGAAAUUAAGAUGCGCCAAAAUCGCAUUUUGGCCGAAGUUGAGCAAACAACACCAGCUCAUUUUGACCACAUCAUGAGGAGUGGGUUUACGAUGAAUGACAUCAAAGGUCUGCAUAGGAAUUACAAUGAAGACGCUGCAGAAGCUGAUGAACAGAUGCUCCGACCCAAUCCUGCUAGGCCACCACGCAAAGGUUCUCUAUCGAGGGGUAGUAUUGCUCCGUAUGAUCCACCAACCAUUGAGAUCAACUCCAAGAUCCAGAGGUCAACCAGUGAAUUGGACAUGAAUGCUUACGGUGAGAUUGGUGAGAAGGAUGACAAGAAGAAGCGUGGUCGUAGUCCAUUCAAGUUCUUUUCGAAGAAGAAUCGCGAUCAGAGCAAGGACAAGUUGAAGGCUAAAACACCAGAACCAGGUGAUCGCAGAACGACUAGUACUCAAGGUCGCAAUGUCAUUCAGUCUCAAACCAUGACUAGGACACCUACUGUAAGGGUGUCCAAUGCGGACUUACGUGUUCAACCGCCUGCAGUUCCAGAUCGUCCCAAAACCAUGACCGUCAACGCACUCGGCAGCAACAGUAUUGAAUCGGUUGGCAAUGAAGUUUACGAUGCCGAGUGUCUCAAACUAAUCAAUGAGUACUUCUACGGAGUCCGAAUCUUCCCUGGUCAAGAUCCUACACAUGUAUGGAUCGGUUGGGUUACCACCCAAUACCACAGACAUAGCAACGAGUUUAAUCAGCAAACCGUUCGUCGAGUUGCUGUUGCUAUGGAAGAUGACUACGAAACUAUAAUGGGUCGGGUUAAUAGGCAGAGUUGCUACAUGGUUCGGGCUGAUGAACUUUUCAAUGAAGUGACUCAGGAUGCUUCGGGCAAGGGAGCGUCUCAGGGCAUGUUUGUAGGAUGCUUCGUUGAUACUGCAACUGGAACAAUUAGGUUCACAUGCGAGGGGAAGGAGACAUCGCACAAAUGGGUAAUGGAACCAGAUACCAAACUAUUCCCAGCUAUCUUUGUCGAAGCCACAAGCAAGGAAGUACUUCAGAUUGAACUGGGUCGUACCCCAACUACCUUACCCUUGUCCGCAGCUGUACUACCAACAGGGGACAAGCAUGUUAAUCCACAGUUCCCGCCCAGGCUCAAGGUGCAAUGCCUCAAGCCUCAUCAAUGGGCUAGGGUGCCCAACAAUGCUCUUCAAGUUCACGCUUUGAAGCUUUCCGACAUCAGAGGCUGGUCGAUGUUGUGUGAAGAUCCAGUAUCUAUGCUUGCUCUUCAUAUUCCUGAAGAAGAUCGCUGUAUAGAUAUUCUGGAACUCAUUGAAAUGGAUAAACUCCUUUCCUUCCAUUCCCAUACCUUGACUCUCUAUGCAGCUCUCUGCUACCAAUCUAAUUACAGAGCUGCUCAUGCCCUAUGUCUUCAUGUUGAUCAGAAGCAACUACUCUAUGCUAUUAAGUCUGAGUACAUGAGUGGUCCACUCCGUCAAGGAUUUUAUGACCUUCUGAUUGCACUUCAUUUGGAAUCGCAUGCCACAACAAUGGAGGUAUGCAAGAACGAGUUUAUUAUUCCUCUUGGACCAGAAUUGACGGAAUUGUACAAGGAAACAGAAAUGUGCCACUCGCUCAGAUCACUUCAGACCGAAUCUGUAAGACCUCAGAUGAAAAUGACAGAGAUUGCUUCCCCAAUGCCGAAUGUACCAAUAGUAGUGGCCAAUGGUGUUUCCAGUGAGCCUAUUCCGACCAUCGAUGCCCUGUAUUCGCCACGCUUCCCUCUGGAAAUAGUCCGGGAAUUUGUAAUGGAAGCUCUUGCUGAAGCUGUUGAAAUCAACCAAGUGCACAACCGCGAUCCAAUAGGUGGAUCAAAUGAAAACCUCUUCUUGCCACUGAUCAAACUGUGCGAUCGUCUUCUUCUUGUGGGAAUUAUGAAGGAUGAAGACAUAGAGAAACUCCUUAUAAUGAUCGAUCCAGAAACAUGGGAUGGUUCCUUUGACAAGGAAGGCAAGGAUGAACAUCGAAAGGGUCUCUUGACAAUGAAGAUGGCCGAAGGAGCUAAGCUCCAGAUGUGCUAUCUGUUACAUCAUCUAUGUGAUGUUCAGUUGCGUCAUCGCGUUGAGAGUAUCAUUGCCUUCUCAAAUGGCUUCGUUGGAGACCUCCAGGCUGAUCAGCUGAGACGUUACAUUGAGAUUAAACAAUCAGAUCUUCCAAGUGCAGUGGCUGCCAAGAAGACUAGAGAAUUCAGAUGUCCACCGAGAGAGCAAAUGAACGCUAUUUUGAGUUUCAAAGCUCUUGAAGAUGAUGACAUUGAAAAUUGUCCAUGUGGCGUUGAACUUCGUGAUGCCCUCAACGAGUUCCAUGGUCAACUUAUGACUAAAGUCUCCCUAAAUGCUCUUCAGGACUCAGAAGAAGAUGAUUCCGGGGCAGCAGAUACCGGAAAGACCGGUCCGCUAUCUAAACUCUUCAAUUUCAUCAAUACUGUAAAGGAAUUGGAAGAGGAACCUAAGGAAGCAAUUGAACCAGUUAAGAAGACUCCUGAAGAAAUAUUCAGGAAGGUCUUGAUCAAGACCAUUGUAUCAUGGGCUGAAGAGUCUCAGAUCGAAACUCCCAAACUCGUAAGAGAGAUGUUUGGUCUUCUCGUGAGGCAAUACGAUACUGUUGGAGAGCUAAUAAAAGCCCUAGAGAAAACUUAUGUGAUCAACAGCAAAACCAAGAAUGAUGUUGCUGGAAUGUGGGUGGGAUUGAGUCAAAUCCGAGCUCUGCUUCCGGUGCAAAUGAGCGAAGAAGAAGAAAAGCUUAUGAGAACGAGACUGUGGAAGUUGGUUAACAAUCACACAUUCUUCCAGCAUCCAGAUUUAAUCCGGAUCCUAAGAGUGCAUGAGAACGUCAUGGCCGUUAUGAUGAAUACCCUGGGCAGAAGAGCUCAGGCACAGAGCGAUGCUCCAGUUCAGAGUGAAGGUGGUGAGGCUCCUGUGAAAGAAAAGGAUACAUCUCAUGAGAUGGUUGUAGCUUGCUGCCGUUUCUUGUGUUACUUCUGCCGAACUAGUCGUCAAAAUCAAAAAGCUAUGUUUGAUCACUUUGACUUCCUCUUGGAGAACUCCAAUAUUCUCCUAUCCCGACCAAGUCUUCGAGGAUCUACCCCCUUGGACGUAGCUUAUUCCAGUUUGAUGGAGAAUACAGAAUUAGCUCUCGCUUUAAGAGAGCAUUAUCUUGAAAAGAUUGCCGUAUAUCUUUCACGUUGCGGUCUACAGAGUAAUUCGGAACUCGUGGAGAAGGGUUAUCCAGAUUUGGGAUGGGAUCCUGUUGAGGGUGAGAGAUAUUUGGACUUCCUACGCUUCUGUGUCUGGGUGAAUGGUGAAAGCGUUGAGGAGAACGCUAACUUGGUUAUUAGACUCCUGAUUCGAAGACCUGAAUGUCUAGGUCCGGCCCUACGUGGUGAAGGUGAGGGCCUGCUAAGGGCAAUUAUUGAUGCUAAUAAAAUGUCUGAGAGAAUAGCCGAUCGACGAAAGCUUCAAGACGAGGCAGAAGGAACAAUGGCUGGUCUUACAUUUAAUCAUCCUCUGCCAGAAAGUGACGACGACGAAGAUUAUAUAGACACUGGAGCAGCUAUCCUCAAUUUCUACUGUACCUUGGUAGACCUUCUGGGACGAUGUGCUCCAGAUACCGCAGUGAUUGCUCAAGGAAAGAAUGAGUCUUUGAGAGCUCGUGCUAUUCUCCGAUCUCUAGUACCGCUUGAAGAUCUGCAAGGAGUCCUUAGCCUCAAAUUUACUUUACAAAAUCCAGCUCCGGGUGAAGAGAAACCCAAAUCUGAUAUGCCAUCCGGGUUGAUUCCGGGUCACAAGCAGAGUAUUGUGAUGUUCUUGGAACGUGUAUACGGCAUUGAAACGCAGGAACUGUUUUACAAAUUGCUCGAAGAAGCUUUCCUGCCAGAUUUACGAGCUGCAACGAUGCUCGAUAGGAACGAUGGAUCUGAAAGCGACAUGGCGCUGUCUAUGAAUCGCUACAUUGGUAAUUCAAUCUUGCCUUUGCUCAUUCAACACUCAAAGUUCUACAACGAAGCAGAAAACUAUGCCAGUCUCCUGGACGCAACUCUUCACACAGUGUAUCGUUUGUCGAAGAACAGGAUGUUAACCAAGGGUCAGAGAGAGGCUGUUUCUGAUUUUCUUGUAGCUCUUACAGCUCAGAUGCAACCGAGUAUGCUGCUGAAGCUUUUGCGCAAGUUAACCGUAGACGUAUCCCGUUUGUCGGAAUAUACAACCGUUGCACUUCGUCUGCUAACAUUACACUAUGAUCGUUGUGCCAAGUACUAUGGGUCAAGUGGAGGGCAGGGUGCUUAUGGGUCUUCUUCUGAUGAGGAAAAACGACUCACAAUGCUUCUGUUCUCGAAUAUCUUUGACUCCCUCAGCAAUAUGGAUUACGAUCCUGAGCUGUUUGGCAAAGCCCUACCAUGCCUUAUUGCCAUCGGGUGCGCCUUACCUCCCGAUUAUAGUUUGUCGAAGAAUGCAGAUGAGGACUUUUAUGGUAAACCCUCAUCAGCAGCUGCUCCCGAUCAGCCACAGUACAAUCCUCAGCCAAUAAAUACGAGUGCCGUGGUAUUGGACAAUGAUCUGAAUUCCAUUGUACAGAAAUUCAGUGAACACUACCACGAUGCUUGGGCGAGUCGAAAACUUGAGGCUGGUUGGUCAUUCGGGGAGCAAUGGUCAGACAGCCAAAAGUUCCAUCCUCGACUAAAGCCAUACAAUAUGCUGAGUGAUUACGAAAGGGAGCGGUAUAAGGAGCCAGUCAGGGAGGCUCUUAAGGCACUUCUUGCUCUUGGUUGGUCUGUUGAACAUGCCGAAGGUGAUGUUCCUCUGUCACAUCGAGGAUCUACCAGGAGGACGUCAAAGCCAAAUCUUGAAUUUCAGACUGACUCUUCAUCACCAUUCAACUACAAUCCUCAACCAAUUGAUAUGACCAACUUGACGCUCAGUCGAGAGAUGCAAAAUAUGGCUGAGAGAAUAGCUGAGAAUUCUCACGAUAUUUGGGCUAAGAAGAAGCGAGAAGAGUUGAAUACUUGUGGUGGAGCUAUUCAUCCACAGCUCGUACCAUAUGAUCUGUUGACAGAUAAGGAGAAGCGUAAGGAUAGGGAAAGAUCCCAAGAAUUUCUCAAAUACAUGCAAUACCAGGGUUACAAACUUCACAAGCCAUCAAGAGGCAUAUCCGCUGAUGGGGAACAAGCUGGAGGUGGUCCAGCUAUUGAACUUAGGUUCGCCUACUCUCUGCUUGAGAAGUUGAUUCAAUACUUAGAUAGGGCGACCAUCAACAUGAAAUUACUGAAGCCUUCGACAACAUUUAGUCGUCGAAAUUCGUUCAAAACCAGUUCCAGAGACAUCAAGUUCUUCUCCAAGGUCGUGCUACCGUUAAUGGAAAAGUACUUCUCAACCCAUCGUAACUACUUCAUUGCGGUAGCAACAGCAACUAACAACAUUGGAGCAGCAUCGCUUAAGGAAAAAGAAAUGGUUGCUGCUUUAUUCUGCAAACUUGCAAGUUUGCUCCGUUAUCGCUUAGCUGCGUUCGGUCCAGAUGUUCGUAUCACAGUUCGUUGCCUUCAAGUUUUGGUCAAGGGUAUCGAUGCAAAAUCACUAGUGAAGAACUGUCCUGAAUUCAUUAGAACAUCCAUGUUGACGUUCUUCAACAACACAGCUGAUGAUCUUGGACAAACUAUAUUCAACUUGCAGGAUGGCAAGUACAGCCAUUUAAGAGGAACUCAUCUGAAAACUUCAACUUCAUUAGCCUACGUCAAUACGGUCAUAUUGCCAGUUUUGACUGCAAUGUUUGAUCAUUUGGCCGGUUGUGAAUAUGGAUCGGACUUGCUCUUGGACGAAAUUCAAGUGGCUUCCUACAAGAUCUUAUCAUCUCUGUAUACAUUGGGUAUUGACGCAAGCCUAACUCAUGAUAGAAAGUAUCUCAAAACGGAAAUUGAACGUCACAAACCUAGUCUUGGUUCCUGCUUAGGUGCCUUCAGUUCUACUUUUCCAGUUGCCUUUUUAGAACCUCAUCUGAAUAAACACAAUCAGUUCUCGUUACUCAAUCGUAUUGCUGACCAUUCACUGGAAGCUCAAGAUAUAAUGGCCAAGAUGGAGAAUUCCAUGCCAACGCUUGAGGCAAUUCUUCAAGAAGUUGACCAGUUUGUCGAGUCCGAUAAAACUUACAACGAUGCGCAACAUAUUAUUGACGUUAUACUACCUCUUCUGUGUUCUUACUUGCCUUUCUGGUGGGCUCAAGGACCUGACAACAUUACACCAACAACUGGGAAUCACGUGACAAUGGUAACAGCCGAUCACAUGAACCAGUUGCUGAAGAACGUUUUGAAGAUGAUCAAGAAGAACAUCGGAAACGACAACGCUCAGUGGAUGACGAGAAUUGCUGCAUACACGCAACAGAUCAUCAUUAACAGUUCCGAGGAACUUCUUAUUGAUCCUUUCCUGCCACUGGCAGAACGCGUAAGGAAACGCACGGACAAUAUGUUCCACAAAGAGGAGAGUCUCAGGGGUUUCAUCAAAUCCGCAACUGAUGAUACGUCGCAAGUUGAAGCGCAAAUUCAGGAGGACUGGCAACUUCUCGUCCGAGAUAUCUACUCAUUCUACCCAUUGUUGAUCAAAUAUGUUGAUUUGCAGAGGAACCACUGGCUCAAGAACAAUAUUCCAGAAGCUGAAGAAUUGUACAAUCAUGUUGCAGAGAUUUUCAACAUCUGGUCCAAGAGUCAGUACUUUCUGAAAGAAGAGCAGAACUUCAUAUCCGCCAAUGAGAUUGACAACAUGGCCCUUAUUAUGCCAACAGCAACCAGAAGAACUCAGGUCAUCUCUGAGGGUCAACAGAAUACUGGUGGUAAAAUCAAAAAGAAGAAGAAGAACCGAGACAAGAAACGUGAUAAGGAUAAGGAAGUCCAGGCCAGUUUGAUGGUGGCCUGUCUGAAACGCCUUCUGCCCGUUGGAUUGAACCUCUUUGCUGGUCGCGAACAAGAACUUGUGCAGCACUGCAAGGAUCGGUAUUUGAAGAAGAUGUCUGAAGAUUUUGUGAUUGAGUUUGCAAGAACUCAGCUAACACUUCCCGAUAAGCUUGAUCCUGCUGACGAAAUGUCCUGGCAGCACUACCUCUACUCCAAGCUAGGCAAAAAGGAAGUCGAAGCUGAUGAAAUUGUGGAAAAAGCCAAAGUCACAGAUGAGAAGAAGCCAGAAAACAAGAUUGAAGAUACCGUUGAUAGAAUUGUUGCAAUGGCUAAGGUUCUCUUUGGACUUCACAUGGCCAAUCGCCCAAAGCAACGAUCUGACAAGUGGCAGCGAAUUGUAUCCCUGGCCAGGAGAAAAUCCGCACUUGCUUGUCUUAAAGCUAAACCCUUGUACAAGAUGAGCAGACAUCGGGCUUGCAAUAUAUUUGCACGAACGUACCACGAAUUGUGGCUUCAGGAGGAGAAUAUUGGACAGGAAAUUAUGAUUGAGGAUCUGACGCAAUCAUUCGAGGAUGCUGAAAAGGCCAAGAAGGAUGCCGAAGAGGAGGAGAGCAAACCUGAUCCUCUGACCCAACUCGUAACCACCUUCUGCCGUGGUGCCAUGACUGAACGUAGCGGAGCCCUCCAGGAGGAUGCACUGUACAUGUCCUAUGCUCAGAUUGCUGCAAAGUCCUGCGGUGAGGAAGAAGAGGAAGGUGGUGAAGAGGAGGGUGGUGGAGAAGAGGGAGAAUCAAGUGGGGCAAGUAUUCAUAAAAACACAAUGGAAACCCUUAUGGAACAAGAGAUGGAGAAGCAGAAGUUACUAUUCCACCAAGCACGUCUGUCGAAUCGAGGAGUAGCCGAAAUGGUCCUUCUGCACAUUUCAGCCUCGAAGGGCGUUCCAUCUGAUAUGGUCAUGAAGACUCUUGAACUGGGAAUUGCUAUUCUCAGGGGUGGAAACAUUGACAUUCAAAUGGGAAUGCUGAAUCAUCUCAAGGAGAAGAAAGAUGUUGGCUUCUUCACUUCCAUUGCUGGCCUUAUGAAUUCCUGUAGUGUAUUGGAUUUGGAUGCAUUUGAGAGAAACACUAAGGCUGAAGGUUUGGGAGUUGGAGCUGAAGGAGCAGCUGGAGAGAAAAACAUGCACGAUGCUGAAUUUACCUGUGCUCUCUUUAGAUUUAUCCAACUAACAUGCGAAGGCCAUAACUUAGAGUGGCAAAAUUAUCUGAGGACUCAAGCAGGAAAUACAACAACUGUUAACGUUGUUAUUUGCACUGUGGAUUACUUACUGAGACUCCAAGAAUCCAUUAUGGACUUCUAUUGGCACUAUUCGAGCAAGGAAAUCAUUGACCCAGCGGGUAAAGCGAACUUUUUCAAAGCCAUUGGAGUAGCUAGUCAAGUAUUUAACACUCUGACUGAGGUCAUCCAAGGUCCUUGUACACUCAAUCAACAGGCUCUGGCACAUUCGCGAUUGUGGGAUGCAGUGGGUGGUUUUCUCUUCCUCUUCUCCCACAUGCAAGACAAACUUUCCAAGCAUUCGAGUCAAGUGGAUUUGCUAAAAGAGUUGCUAAAUCUGCAGAAAGACAUGAUAACUAUGAUGCUAUCCAUGCUUGAGGGUAAUGUUGUCAAUGGAACUAUUGGUAAACAGAUGGUGGAUACCCUCGUGGAAUCAGCGUCAAACGUUGAAUUGAUACUCAAAUACUUCGACAUGUUCCUGAAACUCAAAGACCUAACUUCCACACCAAGCUUUCAGGAAAUCGAUCCCAACGGAGACGGCUGGAUCAAUCCUAAAGAUUUCCAGGAUAAGAUGGAACAACAGAAAAGCUAUACUCCGGAGGAAAUCGAAUUCCUGUUGGCUUGUUGUGAGAGAAAUCACGAUGGCAAGAUCGAUUAUAUUGACUUUGUGGAUCGCUUCCACGAUCCAGCUAAAGAGAUCGGUUUUAAUUUGGCAGUAUUACUGACCAAUUUGUCUGAGCAUAUGCCCAAUGAACCGAGGCUUGCUCGCUUCCUGGAGACUGCAGGAUCGGUCUUGAACUACUUCGAAGCCUUCCUGGGUAGAAUUGAAAUCAUGGGCAGUUCCAAGAGAAUUGAGAGAGUCUACUUUGAGAUAAAGGAGUCCAACAUCGAGCAAUGGGAGAAACCGCAGAUCAAGGAGUCCAAGAGAGCCUUCUUCUAUUCAAUUGUAACUGAAGGCGGUGACAAGGAGAAGCUGGAAGCUUUCGUCAACUUCUGCGAAGAUGCGAUCUUUGAAAUGACCCAUGCUUCUGCCCUAAUGGCCACUGAUGAAGGUGGUGGUAAUGUAAGAAGAGAGGCUUCCUUCAGCACUUACAUAAGCGAAGAGGAAGAAGAAAAGGCAGCUAAGGAUCCCAUCAAGAGAACAGUGCAAGGGGUAAAGGAUGGCUUCUGGUUCAUAUUGCACCUCUUCAGUGUGUCCAACAUCAAGCACCAAAUAGCGGUAGCACAAACUAAAUCCGUACCCGAACUGUUCAUUGGCUUCUUCAAGAUGAUCUUCUACGCUUUCUACUAUUCUGGCCUCGGAGUGACACUGAUCAUCAAGUACUUCCUGAACAUCCUGAUGUCCUUGAUGCGCGGAUCUGGAACUGAGGAAAUUGAAGCACCGCCUGAACCUGAAGCAUCGGGACUGAUGAGAGCCUUACCGGCUCUUCCGCAAGAGGAACCUCCUGGUACAGUUCAGGCAUUCGGACUGGAUAUAAGUAAAGAAGAGAAUGGGCAGUAUAAGUUGGCACCACAUGAAUCUCCCGCAGCAAGUCCAUCUUCGUCAAUGGAAGAGACAGGAGAGAGUAGUCCUGAAGAUGCCGCUGCAGCUGGAGAACAUGGACCUGAGGAAGGUCAGGAACCACCAAUAACCCUUGUAGAUCUCCUAGGUGGUGAAGCUGCUAAGAGAGCUGCACAGGAACGUUCUGAAGCUCAGAAGCUUCAGGAAGCUGCAAUGGCCACCAUUGAGGCUGAAACGAAGAAAUCCUCAGCAGAACCAAAAGAACCAGCAGCUGUGACGCAAAUUGACUUCUCUCAGUACACCCACAAAAUUGUCAGCUUCCUGGCACGAAAUUUCUACAAUCUCAAAUACGUGGCUCUUGUCUUGGCUUUCUGCAUCAACUUUAUGCUGCUCUUCUACAAAGUGACAACCUUUGGUGAGGAUGAGGGAGGUUCUGGCGAAGGAGAACUGGACUUAGGAUUUGGAUCAGGUGGAUCGGGAUCGGGUUUGGGUGCAAUUCUCGAAGGUAGUGCAAAUGGAGAAGGUGAAGAAGGCGAAGAAGAAGAUCCCCUGGAAUCAGUUCACGUAGAUGAAGAUUUCUACUACAUGGAACACGUACUAAGGAUAGCUGCUCUUCUUCACAGUACGGUAUCUCUGGCUAUGCUUAUCGCCUACUACCAUCUUAAGGUUCCCCUUGCGAUCUUCAAGCGCGAGAAGGAAAUUGCUCGUCGCUUGGAAUUUGAUGGACUCUUCAUUGCCGAACAGCCUGAAGAUGAUGACAUCAAGUCUCACUGGGAUAAGCUUGUGAUAUCGGCCAAAUCUUUCCCCGUCAACUACUGGGAUAAGUUUGUAAAGAAGAAAGUGCGUCAGAAGUAUAGCGAAACGUACGACUUCGAAUCAAUAUCCAAUCUUCUGGGCAUGGAAAAGUCAGCAUUUACGACUCAAGAAACAGAAGGUGGUGGUUUGGUUCAUUACAUCGUUAACAUAGAUUGGCGCUAUCAGAUUUGGAAAGCCGGCGUGACAAUCACAGACAAUGCCUUCCUGUACUCUCUUUGGUACUUUACAUUUUCUAUCUUUGGAAAUUUCAACAAUUUCUUCUUUGCCGCCCAUUUGCUGGACGUAGCUGUUGGUUUCAAGACCCUGCGAACCAUCUUGCAAUCUGUCACGCACAAUGGCAAGCAACUUGUACUCACAGUGAUGCUACUCACGAUCAUCGUGUACAUCUACACGGUGAUCGCCUUCAAUUUCUUCCGCAAGUUCUAUGUUCAAGAGGAAGAUGAAGAAGUGGACAAGAAGUGCCAUGACAUGCUAACGUGCUUCGUGUUCCAUCUGUACAAGGGCGUGAGAGCUGGUGGUGGAAUAGGUGAUGAGAUAGGUGAUCCAGAUGGCGAUGACUACGAAGUAUACCGCAUCAUCUUCGACAUCACCUUCUUCUUCUUCGUCAUUGUCAUCCUGUUGGCCAUCAUUCAGGGUCUCAUUAUUGACGCCUUUGGUGAACUCCGUGAUCAACUGGAGUCUGUGAAGGAAGAUAUGGAGUCCAAUUGCUUCAUAUGCGGUAUAGGGAAGGACUACUUUGAUAAAGUACCGCAUGGCUUCGAUACUCACGUCCAGCAGGAGCACAACCUGGCAAACUACAUGUUCUUCCUCAUGCAUCUCAUCAACAAACCAGACACCGAGUAUACUGGCCAGGAAACGUACGUCUGGAAUAUGUAUCAGCAGAGAUGCUGGGACUUCUUCCCCGUUGGUGAUUGCUUUAGGAAGCAAUACGAGGAAGAAUUGGGUGGCGGAAGUGGCGGUUAACUUCUACAGCAAGUUCGUUAAUUCAUGUCAUUUCUUCAAACGUUCUGUUUUCAGUUCAUUCAUUUAGUUACGAUUUUAAUGGGAGUGUUGAUACGACCAGAUUAUAUUUCUGUAGACUUCGUUAUUCAAUAAAUACAAACUCUAUAUUUCUGUUACUGA